CACAACAGCUCAUCCGUUCAGUCCGGUCAGUCUGUUGCGGUCGUGCGAGUCGAACACACGUUAGCGCGCGAUUUUAUCACAAAUAAAUUAAUUAAAAAUGUUGUUCUUCGUACUAUUAACAGUGUUUGCUGCCAGUGCUAACGCCAAGUUCGUCAGGGACUGUGGUUCAGCACAGGCGUCGGUACAGGACGUGCAGGUGACCGGCUGCUCGGAAGCCGCCAAAGAAUGCAUACUCAAGAGGAACACCAACGCCACCUUCAGUAUAGAGUUCACACCAAUGGCUAGUGUAAAAGAGGUUCAGGCAAUAGUUCACGGAGUGAUCAUGAACCUCCCAGUACCGUUCCCUCUACCCCAACCUGACGCGUGCAAGGACAACGGACUCACCUGCCCUCUACCGGCUGGUAAACCAGUGAAAUACCAGACUACGAUGCCUAUCCUCAAGUCAUACCCCAAGGUCAAGGUCGAUGUGAAAUGGGAGCUUAAAGACGAAAACAGUGAAGAUCUCGUAUGCGUCAUGAUUGCUGCAAGGUUACAAUAAUGAACAAACCAAAUAAAUAGCUGCAUCCCGAUUCCAGAAAAAGAAACAAAAUGCGCCUUAGAAUCUGUAUUUUUGUGUCAAAUCUAAUGCAACUAUCUCAGCUGAGCUGAUCGAUUUUGUGAUUUGACCAAUUACAGAAAAAAAGAAAAUGUAAGAUAUCUGUCAAAAUUAAAAUAAAAUGGCGGAAAAUUAUUAUUUGUCACAGCUGCUGAUACAAGUGUCGUUGAAGGAAUCGAGUAUGUGCGUAAAUACUUAAUUUCAAUUUACCUAUUUAUGCAUUCCACAAAAAAAAAUAUAAAUUUUAUUAAUUUUCGAAUAAGCUAAUCUAUUAUCAAAUUAUUCGAAUUUGAUCAAGCCUAUUUUAUUACAUCAAUUAAAUAUUAUUUGCUAAAUAGAUUAUCUACCAACUGUAUUUACUUAUGUAUAGCUCCAAUGAAUAUUUAAGUACCUUUUUUUCUACUAUAUGAAAGUGAGGCUAAUUGCUAAAGGCUGCGUUGAUUGACAAAUAUUUUUAUUUAGGUAAGUUUAAGUAGUAUAAAAUUUCGCUCUCUUCAAAAAUUUCAAUGAACGUUUUACAAAAUAUCAAAUAUAUAUAAAAUUAUGUGACAAGUGUUUAACUACGAGGAUAUUGUUGCUUCGUCACAAGCAGAGGCUUGUAGAAAACUGGUAAAAAGCUCGAGUUCUGUUCUGUCUACUGAAUGUAAGAAACUACCUUAAUUUAUAAUGAAAAUGUUUUACAUUAAACAUAGGUUUAGGAUUGUGGUUUUGUACAUUAUAAUAAUUAUUAAUUAG